UUUGUUGGACAGGCCUUCACCUUGCCAUCAUCGACUAAUGGGACAAUGGAAGAAGAGAGCCAGGACUGUGUCAGAGUGUCUGACAGCUCAGCUGAGGCCAUGGAGGAGUUAAGCAUCACAGAAUGUAGAGUAGUGGACCAGAGCCUGUGUACUACUGAUCCUCCCAUGAGGUCUCUUGAAAACUUUGAAGCAGAAAUCUACGAUCAUGAGGGCAAGGGAGCAUACAGGUUCCAGUGCCCCAGUGCAGGUCUGUUCCAGUGCAGUAUAACAGGCCUGGUGUUCAGGAUGGAGGGAGAAGGAGAGGUGCUCUAUAGGACAGUCCACUGGGACAUGAGGCUUCUAUCCCAGAAUGGAAAGAGGCCUGCAGGACCUCUGUUCAACAUCGACUGUCCUCAGAAGUCUGUCUGUCAACUACACCUCCCACACUGUCAGAUUCAUUCUGAUGGUGGAUGUGACUUCCUGUCUGUAGCCCAUGUGACUGAUGACAACGUGGAGUUUCUCCCUCCCCAUGAGACAACAGACACACAUGUCAUAAUAAACAUCACUGGAUCCUCUGCUUAUGGUGAUGUCACAGAUGAUGAUGCUCCCAUCUCUCCUAUCCAGGGGCUUUUGUUGUUGUUCUACCAACCGUUUCUCUCUGAAGAGCGGUCCAUCCUGAAUGUGUUGUUGCUUCCCAGAAAUGUUGUGAUCAGGGAGGUGCAGGAGGAGAGGAAGAGGAGGAAUGGAGACAAAGAAACCUUUGUUGAAACAAAUCCUCACUGCAAUCUAACCCCGAAGAAAGCAUACAUCCUCUCCACAGAUAUUACAGAUGGAUAUAGGAUCAGCCCAACAACAGCAGAAUUUCUGGAUUUCCAGUCCUAUGAAAACUACUUCCCCACAUUUCAGUUGUUCUUGCUGACUGUUGUUAAAGAGUUUGAUCUCCUUCUGAAAGAAAAUGGCAGCACUGAAAAUCAAUGGGAGAGACGUGUCUGGCUUCCAGCUCCUGUCCAGGUCCAACCCCACGGGCCUGUGGCACCAGUACCAGCAGCUUCUGCCGAGGCUCAUGGCCCUGCAGUUCCUAUCCAGCUUCAGGCAGUUCCAACUCUGCAUCAGCCUGCACCUCAGCCAGCAGGCCCCGCCCAGGUCCAGCCUCAUGGGCCUGUGGCACCAGUACCAGCAGGCCCCGCCCAGGUCCAGCCUCAUGGGCCUGUGGCACCAGUACCAGCAGGCCCCGCCCAGGUCCAGCCUCAUGGGCCUGCAGCUCCUACUGCUGUUGUCCGUCCAUCUGUCCGUGAAGAUCAACCAGACCUGAGAUAAUCAAAUCAGUGGCUUCCAAAUAAACAUUUAAUGAAAAGUA